CCGCCUGGGUGAGCAGCGGCUGCUUGGUGACCUGGCUCGCGGUCCCCCCAACCUGCCCGCAGUCCUGGCCCCCUGCGCACCAUGAAUGCCAGCAGCUCAGGUUACCCGCUCGCCUCUCUCUACGUGGGCGAUCUGCACGCCGACGUGACUGAGGCCUUGCUCUAUGAGAAGUUCUCGCCUGUCGGCCCCAUCCUGUCCAUCCGCGUGUGCCGCGACGUGGCCACCCGGCGCUCGCUGGGCUAUGCCUACAUCAACUUCCAGCAGCCAGCAGACGCGGAGCGGGCACUGGACACGAUGAACUUUGAGAUGAUCAAAGGCCAGCCCAUCCGCAUCAUGUGGUCCCAGCGAGACCCAGGACUUCGCAAGUCAGGUGUGGGCAACAUCUUCAUCAAGAACCUAGAGGCCUCCAUUGACAACAAGGCUUUAUAUGACACCUUCUCCACCUUUGGGAACAUCCUCUCUUGCAAGGUGGCAUGUGACGAGCAUGGCUCCCGGGGCUUCGGCUUUGUCCAUUUUGAGACCCAUGAAGCCGCACAGCACGCCAUCAACACCAUGAAUGGGAUGCUGCUGAAUGACCACAAAGUUUUUGUUGGCCACUUCAAGUCCCGUAGGGAGCGAGAGGUGGAGCUGGGAGCACGCGCCAUGGAGUUCACCAACAUCUAUGUGAAGAACCUCCAGGCGGAUGUGGAUGAGCAAGGCCUCCAGGAGCUCUUCUCCCAGUUCGGAAAGAUGCUGAGUGUGAAGGUGAUGAGGGACAGCAGUGGCCACUCCCGGGGCUUUGGCUUUGUCAACUUUGAGACGCAUGAAGAAGCCCAGAAGGCUGUGGUCCACAUGAAUGGGAAGGAGGUGAGCGGGCGGCUGCUCUAUGUGGGCAGGGCCCAGAAGCGGGUAGAGCGGCAGAAUGAGCUGAAGCGAAGGUUCGAGCAGAUGAAGCAGGACCGGAUGAACCGUUACCAGGGUGUGAACCUGUAUGUGAAGAACCUGGAUGACUCCAUCGAUGAUGAGAAACUGAGGAAAGAGUUCUCUCCCUAUGGAAUGAUUACUAGUGCGAAGGUGAUGACAGAGGGUGGCCACAGCAAGGGAUUUGGCUUUGUGUGUUUUUCCUCUCCAGAAGAGGCGACAAAGGCCGUGACAGAGAUGAACGGGCGUAUCGUGGGCACCAAGCCACUGUACGUGGCACUGGCCCAGCGCAAGGAGGAGCGGAAGGCCAUCUUGACUAACCAGUACAUGCAGCGCCUAUCUACCAUGCGGGCCCUGGGCAGUCCCUUUUUGGGAUCCUUCCAGCAGCCCACCAGCUACUUCCUCCCCGCUGUGCCCCAGCCUCCAGGCCAGGCUGCGUACUAUGGUUCCAGCUCCAUGCCACCCCCCCAGCCGGCCCCCAGGUGGACGUCCCAGCCACCUAGAUCUUCAUCUGCCUCGAUGGUCCGGCCACCAGGCAUGUCUCGGCGCCCCUCGGCCCACAUCAGCAGCAUGAGGCAGGCCUCCACCCAGGUGCCACGGCCUCUGCCCCACACCCAGAGAGUGGCCAACAUUGGUACCCAGACCACAGGAUCCAGUGGGACAGGAUGCUGUAUGCCAGGUCGGCCCCUCCUGCCAUACAAAUCAACACACAACACCCAUCGGGUCCAGGAGCCUGCGGUGCAUGUCCCUGGACAGGAGCCCCUGACCGUGUCCAUGCUGGCUGCAGCACCCCUGCAUGAGCAAAAGCAGAUGAUUGGGGAGCGCCUCUACCCCCUUAUUCGUGAGGUCCAGAGCCAGCUGGCUGGCAAGAUCACGGGCAUGCUGCUGGAGAUUGACAACUCGGAGCUGUUGCUCAUGCUGGAGUCUCCGGAGUCCCUGCAUGCCAAGGUAGAAGAGGCAGUGGCUGUGCUGCAAGAGCAUCAGGCCAUGGAACAGUCAAAGGUGUCCAUGCACUGAAACCAGAAAAGAUUCCUCGCUCCCACGGCUGCGAAAGGAAUAGUGUUUCCUGCUCUUGGCUCCCUGGCCCUGUGAGCUGUAACUUAUUUCCCCAGUGGUCUGUCUCUGUAUUUGAUCCCUGUAUGUAGAAUGAAGCUUGGUCACCCCCCCUCAGCCUAUUACUUUGCUUUGUGCAUUAAAAGUGUUGCAAAAUCUG